AUGGAUAGAGGAAGCAAGCAUGGCCCUCCACUCGUCCGCAAGCUGUCGUCGCGCUUGUCGGAGAAAUUGACGGUCUGGCAGACCACCGUGGUUGUAUUCUUAUGGCUCUAUGUCAGCCGCAACUUCGCCAAAAUUGUCGGUCUCGAAAGCCCAGAACCUCUGGCGAAUUUGUAUUCCCGCUCGUUCUUCCGUGCAACAUGGAUCGUCACGGCGCUGGACGCUGGAUUCUGGACUGCGAUGAAAAUCAAGCCCAACUGGCUACGGGAUAUUGCCUCGUUGGUCUUCACGGCUUACUAUCUGUUCGCGGCUGAGCAAGCAGACGACAAGGUGCGCCGUGUUCGUGCAACAUUGACUGUAGAACACUUGCGAGUGUCAUGGAAUAAGGGAACCACUCCGUAUCUAUGGGCGCUCCAGAAGCUGUUGCGUCCAAGAUUCACGCGCUACCCCCCUCGUGCCAUUCGAAUUCCACGUCCGAAACAGUCUGUGUACAACGAGCCAACGGAGGCAUGGCUGUAUUUCGACGGACCGCUCAGCGCAUUGCGGGAUCAGACCUGCUUGAUCCUGGAUGUUCCGGGAGGUGGCUAUGUUGCUAUGGAUCCGCGCAGCUCCGAAGACAAGCUACUUGCCUGGGCGGGGAAGACAAAAGUCCCAAUUCUGAGCCUCAAUUACAAGAAAGCCCCUGAAUACCCAUACCCGUAUGCGCUAAACGAGUGCUACGACGUCUAUCAUACCAUUGUCAGCACGUGUGGCCGUUGCUUGGGUCUCAGUGGACGGACGCAGCCCCGGAUUGUAGUCACUGGUGACAGUGCUGGUGGGAAUCUCGCCGUGGGCACAGUCCUCAUGGUUCUGCAAUCUGGAACCACUGAUGCUCCCAGAUGGCAAGGCGAGAACGUGUUGCCACGACCGGAAGGGCUAGUGCUGGCAUACCCUUCCUUGAACAUGAGAGUUGAGAGCUGGAUGACAGAAGAGCAGAUGUCGUUGAUUCAGGACAAGAACACGCGACAGACGAAUCGGAAUGUUCUGCAGAGAAAGAAUAUGGAUUAUCAGAGGCUGACACCGUUUGCUUCACCUGGCCCCUCUGCCGAAGACCUGGGACAGGACUUCUUGAUUGAUGCGGACUUGGAGGCGAACAACCUGGCGGAGAAAGCUUCGAAAAGAAUGGCAGAGAAGCUGGGCCAGGAUAAUCUGGUAUCGCAGACAGCUGCCCUUGCUGAAAAUCAGCCAAAGCAGAUUCGAACCCGCCUAGCCGUUUCGUCAAUGAUCUCCUACGUCCACGAUCGAAUCUUGACUCCGGAGAUGAUGAGAGCCAUGAUCAUUCUCUACAUUGGCUCGCACAAUCGGCCGGACUUCAGCACCGAUUUCCUCCUAUCACCGGUUCUCGCCCCUGAAAGCUUGCUCACGAGAUUCCCCAAGACAUAUAUUAUUACAGGGGAACGGGAUCCACUUGUCGAUGAUACAGUCAUCUUUGCCGGGCGUUUACGACAGGCCAAACUACAGCAGUUUCGGGAAAGACAGGAGCUAGGACUUGAAAAGUCCCACCGGGCGUUCAACGAGAAGGACCACGUGGAGGUCUCCCUUCUUCCCGGCGUGUCACAUGGAUUUCUCCAGAUGGCCGGGUUCUUUUCCGAGAGCUGGAAACACAUCAACCGGUGCGCGACGUGGAUCAACGAGCUAUUUGACACGUCUCGAGCCGAGAAGUCGACAUCAACUUUGCUCCAGUCGCUGUAUGAUAAUCCCACGGUUUACAAGACUUUGACGGCAGAGGGCAUGGAUGGAGCUAGUCCCCGAAACCACAAGCGCAGCUUGACUGGAGAAUCCUCAGCGGACGAAGACCGUCCACUAGAGAUGGGCGUGGCGAGGAUGACUCCUUUGGCGACAGGAUGCGCUAACAGAGGGGGCGGUGAACCGUUGCAAGGUAAGAUCGAUGACUCGCCUGAUGACACCUUCCGGGACGGAAUCUAUUCCGUCCCUGAGGUCAAGUCUCCUAUGGCCGAUGGCCGCAAAAGAAGUGCGUCCAGAGGACGAACACCACGGUCUGGCCUUGGAGGAAGACGACAUCUGGCACCAAAUACGCUUAUCCUGCCCCUCUCUUCCGCGAACCUGCCGGACGAUCUCGAGAGCCCAGUCCAGAUACACAACCGGGAGCGAAGCCUUCAUAGUUUACCCAGCCAUGAGGAUCUUCUGGAUCGUCGCAUGAAUGGGUUAGCGGGCGGGUUGAUGGGAAUCGGGGAGGGAGCGCAGACGCCGUGA